CCCAUUGGCUCCCGCGCUUGCGUCGAGGCGAAGGCGGCUUGCGUCGUGAACGAGGCCAGACGAGCACACGAACAGUCGCAUCCGUCAGAUCGUCCUGCGUUCGUCAGCCUUGUGUCCGGUGCCGGCUCGGGUUGUGGAUGGCUGGGCGUAAUUUCCACAUCGCAGCCGCUGCUCGUCGCCACAACGCAGUCCCAAGGAACAUCCCCCGACGGGAACCUCGUUCGACUCUGCAUCCUCACCCCAUGAAGUCCGUCCCCGCCAGUAUACAUACCAUCAGUCCGCGUGCUGCAGAGGCCCAGGCCCGGCUUCUUCGAUUCCAGUCUGCCGUGGCCGUCGUUCGGCGUUGACGUCGCCUGCCUUUUCUGCCCACUCUGGCGCAGAGACGGAUCCAAUCACCAGCUCUCCAACCCCCAACACCACCGCAACACAGCCACGGCGUUGCCGCUGGCAGUCCUCAGCAACCAUUCAACGCCCAAGAGACAGCAAGAAACGGCGCGGAGACUGAGUACGCGGCCAUCAGCCUGAGAAGACUACACUCGUCGCGGCCGAGGAGGCCGUCAAAGUAUACCGGUGCCUCGCGCACCGUUUACUGCUCCUCGUCAUCCGCCCUCACCGGACCACCCCGUCAGUCGAUCGCGAAAACAUAGCUUGAUGUCCCAGCCAAUACCCAAUCGAACGAUCCCACCCUUUGUCCGCAGCGUCGACUGCUCCUUUCCGCACACAGCCGUCAGAAGACCACCGGACGCCGUGCCCGUCUCGCGAUGGGUAUCGUACAUGCGGGCCUCGGGCGCCCCGCAGCGCAAGCUCUCACGGGAGGAGGAAGAGCAGGCGGACCGGAUCUGGGCCGCCUACGACGAGAAGCGCGAGCACGACGAGGAGGCGCUGCUCGCGAGCGAGCGUAAGAACAGCGCCGAGAAUCAGCGCCGCCACGCCUUCCUCCGCCGCGUCCAGCGCAGCCUCAUGCGCUCGCCCUUUGCGCCGCUCUUCUUCCGCAUCUUCAUCCUUCUCACCACCGUCGUCUCGCUCGCGCUCGCCGCCGACAUCUUCCGCCACAACCGCCCCUGCAAAGACCACUCCACCCACACGCUCGCCAUCGUCGUCAACUCCCUCUCCCUCCCCUACACGCUCUACAUCACCUGGGACGAGUUCUUCUCCAAACCGAUCGGCCUGCGGCGUGCCCGCUCCAAGCUCAGACUCAUGCUGCUCGAUCUGGCCUUCAUCAUCUUCGAGUCGGCCAACAUAAGCCUAGCCUUCGACGCCGGCACAAACACCGACAGAGAGUUGAGAGCCCCGCACCGAAAGUGCAGCGAGCAGUGGGGUCUCAUCGUCGUCGUGCUCAUCACCCUGACCGCCUGGAUCGGCACCUUCCUGCUCAGCUUGUUCAGAAUGGUCUACAUGAUGGACAACGACAGGUGAGACAAGUGAACGCGCUUCACAUUCCCAUCUUUCGACUUGACGUUUCGUCAUCGUUCUGUGUCUUAUUUUUGAUUGUUCCUAGCGCUGGCGUUGCACGGAGGGAAAAAAAAUCAUUUCAUCGAACUUUUUUUUAAUGGGGAGCAUUUGCAUAGCCUUGUGUUUUGUAUUGACACGGCCGACAUACAUUCGCCUAUGCUUACGGACCUGUCUUGUCGUCGGACUCUUGUUUCAUUUGUUAUGAUACCCUCUAGAAAAAGUACACACGCAAUCCGCAGGAUCGAGGCCAAGUGGAUAGAGAGAGGAAAAAAAAAUGAAGAAACAAA